AAAAAAAAAAUUCCCCUCUCUCACUUCAUAAUAUAAUCCUCUCCUCAUCCUAAAACACAAAAAAUUGAAAGAAAAAAAAAAAGGUUCAAUUUUUUCAUCUAUGGAGUCCUCAACCUCUCCACCUCCAAAAACGCCGCCGUCCCAUAAUCAAGAACAAAACGACGACGAAUUAGAGGAAAACCACCACCAUCUCCGCCUUGGGAUUCCGGCGGAGGAGCUGAAUCUGAUCGAAGGUUUGAAAAUGGGUUCAUCGGAGCCGAGGGUAUUUUCGUGUAAUUUUUGUCAAAGGAAAUUUUAUAGCUCACAAGCACUUGGAGGCCAUCAAAAUGCUCAUAAAAGAGAGAGAACGUUGGCCAAACGAGGCGGUCAACGCUUUCCGGCAUUCGGUGGCUACCACCACUAUGCGGCGGCGCCGUCUUUUCCACACCCCGGUGGUCCCAACAACAACAGAUCGCUUGGAAUUCAAGUUCACGCGAUGGUACAUAAACCGUCUCACCACGCGCCGGUUUCUUCCUCUUCAAGGUAUGGGAUCCUCUACGACCGUUCUUACGGUUGGUCUAGAACUCCCAUCCAUCAACAACCCGGUAUUGGGAAGCUACACUUGAUGAACGCUGGCCAUGCGAUUAAUCAUACCGAUGGAUUCCCGCCACGUGGAUGCAACUCCGUCGGUAGAUUCGACUUUGACGUCGUCCGAUCAACGGCGGCGGCUGCUGACGACACCCACAAAGUACUCGACUUGUCUCUCAAGCUGUAAUUUAACUAAUACAAAUUUCUCUCCACUUUAGAACUAUAAAUCUUCUUUUUCUUCUUCUUUUUUUUUUUCCUUUAAUUUUUUUUAAUGCUUUGAUCUACUAAAGUUUCGAUUUUGAUAUGAAUGAAGUCAAUAUUAUAGAUAGUGAAGCUACAAUUUGCCCAAAUUAAUGUUUGAAUUAUAUUCUUCUUU